AUGCUGCCGCCAGGGCGAAACGGCACCGCCUACCGGGCGCGGUCCCGGCCGCAGCAGCUGGCGCAGGGGGGCGCCGUGGGGGGCUCGGAGGGGGCGACGCUGCUGGGGCCAGCGCAAGUGGUCACGGCCGGCCUCCUGACCCUGCUCAUCGUCUGGUCCCUGCUGGGCAAUGUGCUGGUGUGCGCGUCCAUCGUGCGCAGUCGCCACCUGCGCGCCAAGAUGACCAACGUCUUCACUGUGUCUCUGGCUGUGUCUGACCUCUUCGUGGCGCUGCUGGUCAUGCCCUGGAAGGCGGUCGCCGAGGUGGCCGGUUACUGGCCUUUUGGGGCCUUCUGCGACAUCUGGGUGGCCUUCGACAUCACGUGCUCCACCGCCUCCAUCCUGAACCUGUGCAUCAUCAGCGUGGACCGCUACUGGGCCCUCUCCAGGCCCUUCUGCUACGAGUGCAAGAUGACGCAGCGUGUGGCCUUGGUCAUGGUCGGCCUGGCGUGGACCUUGUCCAUCCUCAUCUCCUUCAUUCAAGUCCAGCUCCACUGGCACACGGACAAGAUGGGCUCCUGGGGUGGGGUGGACCCGCCAUCUAACCUGGUCAACGGGGCGCCCUGGGAGGAAGCCGGGGAGCCAGACUUGAGGGCGGAAAACUGUGACUCCAGCCUGAACCGAACUUACGCAGUCUCCUCCUCGCUCAUCAGCUUCUACAUCCCGGUGGCCAUCAUGAUUGCGACCUACACGCGCAUCUACCGCAUCGCCCAGGUGCAAAUCCGCAGGAUUUCCUCCCUGGAGAGGGCCGCGGAGCACGCGCAGAGCUGCCGUAGCCUUGAGGCCUGUGCGCCCGACACCGGCCUGCGGGCAUCCAUCAAGAAGGAGACCAAGGUCCUCAAGACCCUAUCGGUGAUCAUAAGGGUCUUCGUGUGCCGCUGGCUGCCCUUCUUCAUCCUUAACUGCAUGGUCCCUUUCUUCAGCGGACACCCCGAGGGCUUCCCCUGCGUCAGCGAGACCACCUUCGAAGUCUUCAUCUGGUUUGGCUGGGCCAACUCCUCCCUCAACCCCAUCAUCUACACCUUCAACGCUGACUUCUGGAAGGUGUUUGCCCAGCUGCUGGGGUGCAGCCACCUCUGCUCCCGCACUCAGGUGGAGACAGUGAACAUCAGCAAUGAGCUCAUCUCCUACAACCAGGACACCGCCUUCCACGAGGACAUCGCAGCUGCCUACGUCCAUAUGAUCCCCCACGUGGUGACCCCAGGUGACGCGGAGGUGGACCCGGAGGAAGAGGAGAGCCCUUUCAGUCGUACGUCGCAGAUCUCUCAGACGUCCCUAGAUGGUGACCCUGCUGCUGGGUCUGUCGAGCUGGACUAUGGAGGGGAGAUUUCUUUAGGCAAAAUAACGCCUUUCACCCCAAACGGAUUCCAUUAAACUGCCUAAGAACUGUUCUUCAUGGAUCUAUAUAACCGCAUAGACAUGAGCAAGCAUGCAGAAUACACACUGGACACACACAUACAUUUCCACUGCUGCUCAGUUUAUCAUGCCUUCCGUGUCGGUGUAGUAGUGCAUGUGCUUAGAAACCUCACCUGACUGAUUUGCUGAGGAAAGAUUUGGCAGAAGCAGUUGGAAAAAACUCAGUCAAAUAUACCCUAGCCUAGCAGAGAUGGAUCAAUGGUUCUGUUAGAGAAGAUAAGAUGGUGAUUGAUUCUAAAAAAAAAAAAAAAGUGGUAUUUUUCUUUAAAAAGUAUACUCUCCCCUCCCCUUUUAAAUGAAUAGAUUGUUCAGUGACUUAUCUGUGUUUGGGCUGAUUUUUAAGCAAUAAGGUUCAAUGUGUGUGUAGCGCUGAUGGAAGUGUGUGUGGCUUUCCUGUAUCUUGCUUCCUGUGGCCUGUGUUUCUGCAGUUUCUACUUGCUGUGUGUCUUUGCUACCGCUGA